AUGGAGGACGGUGGCGCCAAGCUCAAUGCACCCACGGAGAAAUCAACCGAUGCCAUGGAUGUAGAUGUCCCACCAACUCCUGCCGACAAGAGACAGGCAGCAGCCAUGGCUCGCGCCGAACGAGCUGCGCGUAGAAAACAAAUCCGUGAGGGGUUGACGCCAGGAGGCUCCCAAAUUUCUUCCUUGGCCAGCACGCCGAAUCCCGAGUCCCAACCCGCAUCGCCCGCGCUCAAAGCACAAGAAAAGAAGACGAGGGGAAGGAAAGCGACAAGAAAGAGCACGAGCAUUGCUGAGAAGGAAGAAGAAAAACCACAGGACAAUGCGGUCACAGGGACCCCCGCCGAGACCACCACAGCAGCAGAGCCCGCAGAGCCCGCAGAGUCAGAAGAGCCAGCAGAGCCCGUAGAGGCCACAGAGCCAGCGAAAUCACCUACGCCUACUCCUGCAACAGAUGUCGAGCCGCUUCCCUUCGUGAUCGAUGUGAACCCCACCAAGGGCAAGAUCGCCGACAACACAAGCGUCUCCAUUGCCGGCGACGCCACAUCCAUUGCCCCCAGCUCGGCGUUCGGCGGCGACAGUCAAAUCGGUGGCCCCAACCGCGCGGCGAGGCGGCGGCAGAUGCAGAUUGACAAUCACCGAAAGACAAUCAAGAAGGAGCUCGGCAUACUCGCCGAGUCGGACGAGCGUGCGGAGGAGGUGGACGCGCUGCUCAAGACCUGGGUCACCGAGUUUGACGAAAAGACUGAGGCGCGGGCGGCCAAGAAGAAGGCCAAGAAGAUCGCGUCAAAGGGGAAAGCAAAGGGUAAGCCUUACUCAGGACGAAACAACAAAAAUGAUGAGAAGCAGAAGCAGAUAAAGAAGCAGAAGCAAAAAAAGGCCCUACGAGACCGGCAGGGGGGCAACUAG